CACCAGUUGGUCGGUCACUGACGCUUUCUCGGGCCUUCUGAGCAUCAUGCUAUAUCUGAUUGGCCUUGGACUUGCGGAUGAAGCCGACAUAACAGUCAAAGGUCUGGAGGUGGUCAAGCGGGCGGAGCGGGUCUAUCUCGAAGCCUACACCAGUAUUCUCCAUGUGGGAAAGGACAAACUUGAGUCCUUCUAUGGCCGACCCAUCAUCAUAGCAGACCGUGAGAUGGUUGAAUCCUCAAGCGAUGAGAUCCUCCAAGAUGCGGACAAAGUUGACGUCGCCUUCCUGGUCGUGGGAGAUCCAUUCGGUGCCACAACUCACACCGAUCUGGUUCUCCGAGCGCAAGAAUUAUCCAUCCCCACGAAAUCCAUACCAAAUGCCUCUAUAUUAAAUGCGAUUGGCGCUACAGGCCUCCAAUUAUACAACUUUGGUCAAACAGUCUCGAUAGUCUUCUUCACAGACACCUGGAAGCCCGCGAGCUUUUACGACCGGAUACGAGAAAAUGCGUCCAUCGGUCUUCACACCCUAUUACUCCUCGAUAUCAAGGUCAAAGAACAAUCCUUGGAAAAUAUGGCGCGUGGUCGAAAGAUAUACGAACCUCCGAGAUACAUGACAGUGGCCCAAUGCGCGCAACAACUGCUCGAGAUUGAACAAGACAAGCAGGAAGGAGUGUGUAGUGCGGAUAGCCUUGCGAUAGGCUGCGCCAGAGUAGGUGCAGAUGAUCAGACCUUUGCGUGCGGGACUCUGGAGGAAUUAUCUGAGAGCGAUCUUGGUCCACCUCUGCAUAGCGUGGUCUUGGUCGGGAAGAGGGCUCAUGAGCUAGAGAAGGACUAUCUCAAAGGCUUCGCGAUAAACCAAGACACAUUUGAGGCAAGCUGGAAGAAAUAUCAUACACGGCCUUGACCUUGGAAUCCGUCUAUGCGAAGGCAAGAAAAGAUGUGCAGAUGAACCGGUCCUCCUUCAGCAAGAUCAUACAUGACUGACUGAGGGAGCCAUUCCCAAAAACUGACAAGGAAGCAUACAUACUUGCUACAAAGACCUUGUGACCGGCACCCACCCAGAACAAUCGUGGCGGCCAACACAUGUAUCUGGCAGUCUCCGGAGGCUUAUUGCAGAGACAUGCGGGUAGUAGUAGCGAAUCUAGUUCAUCGAUCUUAUGAGAGACUGAAACCACAGUCGGUUCCUAAUAUUAGUACCUAG